AUGUCCUCAAUUGUGUACCGGCAGUAUACCGGCGAGUCUGAUCUGCCCUACAUCAUGUCCCUCGUUCAGCACGAACUGAGCGAACCGUAUGUCAUAUACACAUACCGCUACUUCCUGCGGCAGUGGCCUCAUCUAUCUUUCCUUGCCUACCCCGACGACUCGUCCGAGCCCGUAGGUGUCAUCGUCUGCAAGCAGAGCAUGCACAGAGAUGUCACCAACAGAGGGUAUAUUGCUAUGCUCAGCGUAAAUAAGAACUGGCGCAAACGCGGAAUAGCGAGCACGCUAGUCCGCAUGUCUAUUGCAGCAAUGAAGUUACGCGGUGUCGAUGAGGUGGUCCUCGAGACUGAAUAUGACAACGCCGCCGCCCUGUCGCUGUAUGCAUCGCUCGGCUUCAUCCGCGAGAAACGUCUCUUCCGUUUCUACCUCAACGGCAAGGAUGCCUUCCGUCUUGUCCUCGUAGUCGAGCCCAGCGACACAGACGAUGAUGAGGCGUCCGAAGCCACCUCCGCCAAGCCCUUAUACCUCGCACCUCCCCGCAUGAUGCGCGUCCCACCCGCGCCCUACGACUCGGAUGACGACACCUCUUCCCGUUAA